GAGAACGCACCACAUGAUCGUUCGCUAUCUGCGGAGACUUUUUAAAUGCGCCAAGAUGCCGGUGAUUGUGAUUCUUGGAGCUACGGGAGUGGGUAAAUCUCAACUAUCUAUCGAAAUAGCUUCGAGGUUCAAGGGUGAAGUAAUCAGCGCCGAUUCGAUGCAAGUGUACAAAAAUCUCGAUGUCACGACGAAUAAAGUAACGGCUGAGGAAAUGGCCGGAGUGCCGCAUCACAUAAUAGACUUCGUGGACCCAGUGGAUUCGUUCACCGUGGUAGACUUCAGGAAUCGCGCUCUGCCAAUCGUGGAGCGUCUGCGGGAAUCCGGAAAAAUACCCGUGAUCGUUGGCGGAACGAACUAUUACAUCGAGUCGAUUCUAUGGGACACGCUUGUCGAUCCCGAAAGCAUCCCAGGGAGCGACUUCGCGGCCUCGACGCAAAUGUUUCCAGGAUGCGAUGAAUCUUCAGAGAGUCUCCACGCGCGUCUGAAGGAAGUCGAUCCCGAAAGAGCCAAUGAGCUUCAUCCUGGCGAUCGACGGAAAGUCCUACGGAGUCUGGAUAUCUAUGCUCGGAAGAAGAAACCACACAGCGAGUUCCUCAAGCAGCAAGCGAAAGCAGGCGGUCUCUUGGGCGGGCCAUUGAGAUACGAUAAGGCAUUAAUGCUCUUGAUAAAGAGCGAUCAAUCAGUCUUGGAGGAACGGCUCGACGCGCGAGUGGAUAAAAUGAUUGAGAGAGGCCUCAUCAAGGAGAUGUUGGACUUCCACAAGCAAUUCAACGAGUCACGACCGAAGCAUGAUUACGAGCUGGGGAUUUUCCAGUCAAUCGGAUUCAAGGAAUUUCAUAAAUAUCUAAUCUCUUCUGAUGAAUUCCGGGAGUCAGAAAAAGGGAAAAAGGCGUUCCAAGCCAGUUUGUGGCUGAUGAAGCAGCGCACCAAGAGAUAUUCCAAGGAACAGAUGAAGUGGAUAAGGAGAAGAUUCCUGCAAGCUCCCGGGAGAGGAGUACCUCCGGUCUACGAAUUAGAUGCGACCGAUCUAGAGAGGUGGAAUGAGAAUGUCCGGGAUGUCGCCCUCGAAAUCGUGGAAGACUUCCUCAACAAUGUCGAAACGCCGAGACACAAACCCGUCGAGAUUCGAGAGGUCGAGAGGGAACCGGUUUCCCAACGCGUGUGCGAAUGCGGGACGAUUUGCAUGAAUCAAAGCUCAUGGGAAGCUCACCUGAAGUCGAGACAACAUCACAGAAAGAAGAAAAAGCUCGAAGAGCAGAAAAAUUCGGAUCCAGACGCGGGCCCGAAACGUCUGCGAGUCCUGAAAGAAUCAAAGCAGAGCGGAGACGGAGAAAAGUCAUCAGCAGAUUUGAGCGAGCAGGUCAAGGAAGCUGGAAACUGCGCUUGA